UUCAUUCAACCACUGAGGAACAGUUAGCAUGAAGGUGCUGGAAAGGGACCUUGCACCACGCUGAAUGGGAACUACUAAACGUCGGUCGCUAAUCGAUCGCAGAUUGCGAGAGGGAACGUAAGCCUUCAGGAGAGUGUUGAGGUAGGAGAGUGCUGUUCCUGACAAGGUCUUGUACGUGAGCAUCAAGGCCUUGAAUUUGAUGCGGGCGGCUACAGGAAGCCAGUGGAGGGAGAUGAAGAGGGGUGUGACAUGGGUUCUCUUGGGCUGGUUGAAGACGAGCCCAAUCUAUAAAUGAGCCUAAUCUAUAAGUACCAUAAUGGGAGGGUUCAGCCAUUUAGAUUUUAGCUUUCAUUUGUUAUCGGCACAGCAACAAAUAAAAAAUAAAGUAAAUAUGGUCAGUAAAGUAUAUUGGUCAAUAAGGCCAAUAUAUAACAUUUGGUUGAGAUUUGCAUGAGGUUUGAAAGUUUUGCUGUGAGACCAUAACAUGUGGUACAGUGCACAAGUCUAAUGAUCAGUGUGCGUGACAAGAGGUUUAGCAACGUAUUGUGCAAAAAAAAAAAAAAUUAAUCUUGGUCCUGAUCAUUGCAUUUAAGUCAGCCACAGACAAGACUGCCAACAUCGUCACCAGUGACUUCCUUUGAGUGAAGAGCAGUGAAGCUGCAGUGGAGCAAAAGGCCAAGAAAUUGUAUAAUUAAGGUUUACGGGAUCACAGUAAAUCUCAGUGAAAAUGCCUGUACCUGCGAUGAAAGUAGACCCGAAAUCCUUGGGGACUGUGCAGAUAAUGAUCGGGACUGUGAUAUUCAUGUUUGGUAUUGUAACCAAAGAUGUGGUCGAAAUAUUUGUCCACAGCGGCGUCAUGUACUGGGGAUCACUUUGCUUUAUCAUCUCUGGUGCUCUAUCAACUGCUAGCGUGGAUCACCGUCAUCCCGGUUUGGUGAAAUCCUCGCUGGUUAUGAACAUGAUCAGUGCUGUGGCUGCGAUUGUAGCCAUUGUUGUGUUUGCUGUUGAUCUAGUGCGCAUGCCUAUUGAACUACCAUCGUGUAAUUAUCAGAAAGAGCCUGGAUGUAUCAUGAGUGUCCACUUUGGGGUUCUACGUGGCACCUUUAGAGUGCUCCUGGUUUUCUCUGUACUUGAGGUCUGCAUGUCCAUCUGGACAUUUGUACUGACCUUGAAAUCCAGAGGCUCCACUGAAGCUACAUCAUAGGCAAAGGAUCGUCUGAUCAACAAUCCACGUGAGGAAACCCACAGCUCACGUUAAUGCAUCUUCUGAGCUUAUUCAUAUGUUGUGGUGUAUGCUUUAAAAAAAACUGCUGAGGUACCUAAUGAAUCCUGAUAUGAUCUUUUUUUCUUAAUGAUUUAGUUGCGGUGAUGUUAUGAUGUCAUUUUCUGCUUUGAGACUGAAUAAUCCAUGUGUAUAACUUACAUAUCGGAUAUUACUGUAGUUUUUCAUUUUAUUUUUUAUUUUUUAAUCAAAUAAACAGAAUAUAAUACACCAAA